AUGCGUCAACGCUUUUUAAACGCGGUAUUCCUAUCGUGUGCUACCGUCUCUGCCCUCCAAAUUCCCUUCCUCGGGCCCUUAAUCCCCCAAAAUGCCAUCACCAAGAAACCCCUCGUCAGCUCCGAAGCCAUCCAAGCCGACAUCAGCUCCAAAGCCCUCCUAAAACGAGCCAAAGAGCUCUUCAAGAUCGCCGAACUCGGCAUAGACGAGUACAACCACCCCACGCGCGUGAUAGGCUCGAAAGGCCAUCUCGCAACCCUCGACUACAUCUACUCCACCCUCGCCUCCCUGGGCUCCUACUACACCCUGACCAACCAAACCUUCCCCGCCGUCGUGGGCAACACGUUCGAAUACCGCCUCGUGCUCGGCGCCACCUCCCCCAACUCCACCCAGGCCAUGAGCCUCACCCCACCCACCGCGGACAAAGAGCCCGUCUUCGGCCCCCUCGUCCUCAUCGCUAACGACGGCUGCGACGCCUCCGACUACCCGGCCAACACGACCAACGCCAUCGCCCUGAUCCAGCGCGGCACCUGCCCCUUCGGCACGAAGUCGGCGCUCGCAGGCAAAGCCGGCGCCCUCGCCGCCGUUGUGUACAACACGGCCGAGGGCAGCCUCUCCGGGACGCUGGGCACGCCGAGCAAGCACCACGUCGCGACGUUUGGCAUCUCGCGCGCCGACGCGCUGCCCUACAUGUCGUCGCUUCAAAACGGCACCGUCAUCGACUCGUCCGCCUACAUCGACGCGAUAGUCCAACGCAUCGCCACGACCAACAUCAUCGCGCAGACCACCGCGGGCGACGCCGCCAACUGCGUCAUGCUGGGCGGGCACAGCGACAGCGUGGCCGAGGGCCCGGGCAUCAACGACGACGGGACGGGCACGCUCACGCUGCUCGAAAUCGCGGCGCAGCUGGCCAAGUACGACGUGCGCAACUGCGUGCGCUUCGCGUGGUGGGCCGGCGAGGAGGAAGGCCUGCUGGGCAGCGACUACUACGUUUCACAGCUCUCGGCGCGCGAGAACCUGAAAAUUAGGCUGUUCAUGGACUACGACAUGCUGGCCAGCCCCAACUUCGCGUACCAGGUGUACAACGCGACCAAUGCGCGCAACCCCGCCGGCAGCGAGCAGCUGCGGGAUUUGUAUGUCGAGUGGUAUGCAGCCCAGGGGCUGAAUUACACGUUUAUCGCGUUUGACGGCCGCAGCGAUUACGAUGGGUUUAUUAGGAAUGGGAUCCCCGGCGGCGGCAUCGCGACGGGGGCCGAGGGCGUGAAGACGGCCGAGGAGAAGGACAUGUUUGGCGGGAGCGAGGGGGAGUGGUUUGAUCCGUGCUAUCAUCAGUUGUGCGAUGGGGUGGAGAAUUGCAAUUUGGGCGCGUGGGAGGUGAAUGCGAGGUUGGUGGCGCAUUCGGUGGCGACGUAUGCGCGGAGUUUUGAGGGGUUUCCGGCGAGGACGGGGGUGAAGGGGAAUAGUGCUGCGGAAAGGGCGUUGUAUCAUGGGCCGAAGUUGGUUAUGUAG